AUGCGACAAGGCACGCAGCAGGAGGCCCUAGCGGGCCCCAAUGCUCCUGCAGCCAUUUCAGCCAAAAUUAACACUAUGAAUGCUCAGCAGCUGACUCAGCAGCACCUGCUGCAGCAGCAGGCGCUGCAGCAGCAACUCUUGUUGCAGCGCCAGCAGCAGCAGCAACAACAACUUAUUGUGCAGCAGCACCAUCAGCGGCUGCAGCAGCAGCACGCUUUGCACCGCCAACAGCAGCUCAUGCUUGCGCAAGCCCAGGGUGUGCAUCCUUCGGCGCAGGCUGCCGCGCUGCUGGCACUGCAGCAGCAGCAGCAGCAGCAGCAACAGGCAGUCUCGACGGCAGCAGCAUUUGCAGCUGCCAGCCUUGGCGGUGGGAAUGGGGCCGCAGCGGCAGCAGCAGCAGCUGCAGCGGCGCGCGCCCGUGCUGCUAUGGACACUGCAAUGCAGCAGCAGCUGCAGGAGCAGCUGGUUAGGCUGCAGCAACAGCGGGAGCACCAGUUCCUUGAGCAGCAGCAGCAGCAGAUGCUGCAGCAGCACCGGCAGCAGCAUCAGCAAACAACAGAUGCAUGGCGCCUGUUCGCUGGCGCUGGAGGGAGAGCCGCAGCUCUCAGCUUUGCGGCGCAUCAGCAGACGGCGGUUGCGCAGCGGCAGCAGCAAGCAGCAGCUGCUGCUGCUGCGAUGAGCGAUGGUGCAGCAACAAAGCUUACUGGAGCACCAGCAGCAGCAGCAAGCUUGCCUUUAGACGUGACAGCAGUCCCUGCUGCGCCUGCAGAAGUUCAAGAAGCAAAUGCAGCAGCAACAACGACAGCAGCAGCAGCAGCAGCAGCAGGCGGCCGCGAGCCAAUUGCGCCAUGUGGAGCGCCCGUUGCGGCGACACCCGUGGUGCCGACAGCAGCAGCAGCAGCAGCAGUGAUGCCUGCAGCAGCACCACCAACAAUUAUGCCAGCAGCAGCAGCAGCAUCAGCAGCAGCAGUUGGGCCCGCAGUAGCGCCUGCAGCAGCUACACCCGCGCCAGCUGCAGCUGUGGCAGCACCCGCAGCGGCGGCGAUGCCCGAGGCCGCAGCAGCAGCAGCAGCAGCAGCAGCCACGCCGGCGGCGGCGCCUGCUGUAGCAGCCCAAGGGCCGCGCUGCAGCAGCAGCAGCUCGCGCAGCCGCAGCAACAGAACAGCAGCAGCAAAAGGUGGCGGUGCUGCUUGCGGGCGGCGUGUGGGGCGGCCUGUGCGCAAGGGCCACGGGUCUUCGGGCGUAUCUGUAGCAGCAAGGGAUGCAGAAGCAGCAGCAGCAGCAGCAGCAGCAGCAGCAGCAGGCAUUGACAAGGAAACACCCACGGAGACGAUUCCGCAGCCCCGAAGGAUCCCAGCGGAUGCCUUCAGAGUGCCCACUGUGCCAGACGAAGAUUAUUUCUCCACAGUCCCGGGCUGCUACUACCACUUUGGCAAGCGGGAGUGGCGUGUGGUGUACAGGGACCCACAGAACGAGUCUAAAAGAAGACAAAAAACUCAUUCAAUUAAAAAGUAUGGCUUCUACGCAGCGAGGUCGAGGGCGGAGGACUUGAGGAUUGAGCUCGAGAAAAUCAAUGGAUGGCCACUGACUGUGCCCCCGGCGAAGAAGACCGACACCGCAGCGACGCGUUUUAUAAAUUUCGACAAGACGGAAAAGGAAACUGCUGCUGCUGCGCCAGCAGCAGCAGAAGGAGAGGCAGAUGAAGACUUGGCGCUGCCGCCUGCUGCUGUUGGCGCUUCUGGCAGCUCCUCCCGUUCCUCGGCCCGCAGAGCCUCGAAACACAGGCAGCAGCAGCAGCACGACAAGCAGCAGCAGCAGCAGCAGCAGCAGCAGCACGAAGCAGCAGACCCAGCGCAUGCGCCUGCAGUCACGCCCACAGCGGCACAGGCAGCACCUGCUGCUGCCGCUGCUGCUGCAGUCGCCAACUCUCCAAGGGGCGCAGCAGGAUCCCGAAGGAACACGUGGGAUAGCAAGGGAUCGAGCCGAGCAAAGCACGAGGCAGCAGCUGCUGCUGCAGCAGGCGAAGCGCCUGCUGCAGCAGAAGCAGAUGGGACGCGGGGUCCGGGGUCCGUCAGCACCCGAAGGAAGAGACGCAUGCAGCAGCAGCAGCAGCAGCAGCAGCAACAGCAGCAGCAGCAGCAGCAGCAGCAGCAGCAGCAGCACGUCCCUGCAGUCGUUGAUUGCCCAGUCAACGACACUUCCGUUGCCGUGGAACCAGAUGCUGCUGCUGCUGCUGCAGCUGCAGCGGCUGCUGCUGCUGCAGGCACGCUAAGGGCAGUGCCUGAGGGCAGCCUUCAAGGCAUUUCUUUCUUCUCGGGGCCACCUGAGUUGCUGCCAAGUGCAGCAGCAGACACGCUGCAGCAGCACCCGCAGGAGCCAGACGGCUGCUUGGUCGGCGUCGACAGCAGCAGCAGCAGCGCGGAAGCAGCAGCAGCACCCGAGGCAGACAAACAAGGAGAUGAAGACAGCUUCUUGCUGGAAGGCCUUGCUGCAGCAUCUCUUGCAGCAGAUGGCCCUCUGACCCCUCGCUGGGGCCUGCUGCAGAACCCGUGCGAAGCGGAAGAAGUGCAGCAGCUGCAGCAGCAGCAGCAGCAGCAGCGGGACACGCCCUCCAGCACAGUGUACUCCCGCCCGGAGGGCCCCCCCUGCCGCUCAGACAAAGAAGCAGCAACUUGUUCUUUAGGAGACGGCUUUAGCUUUGCUGCUUCUCCUUCGGGUUUCUCGCGGCCGGCGAACCGCAGCAGCAGCUGCAGCAGGGGGGCAGCAGAUGAAGUGCGCAGCAGCAGCAGCAGCAGCAGCAAGGGAGAUGCAAUGCAGUUCCUGAUGUCCCCUCCAGCGGGUUUACUGGCUGCGUCGCCGCUGGGGCCUCUGCUGCCGGGCCUGGGGAGCCGCCGCGCAGCGGACGCAGCAGCAGACGGCGUGUCUGCUGCUGCUGCUGCUGCUGCUGCUGCCUGCGGCGGCGCAGUGCAGCGCAGCGGGGAGGGGCUCGAGAGCCUAUCUGCGCAGCCCUCCUUUUCUGGCCUGCAAGAGGCCCUUGUCAAUUUUGUCUAUCUGCCUUCUUGUCCAGCAACUCCGCUGCUGUCUUCAGCGCCAGUGUCUUUGCUGCUGGACCCAGUGGAGCCGCAGCAGCAGGAGGAGGGGCUGGCGAGCAGCAGCAGCAGGGCGGGGGGGGCCGCCGCGGCGCGCGCCGCUGCUGCUGCAGCCGGAGCAGCAGCCUCUCCCGCCGCCGCAGAAGCGAGCUCGAUCCUGAAGGCCGCCGCAGCAACGACAGCGACAGCAGCAGCAGAGGCAGCAGCAGCAGCAGAGGCGGAGGAGGGCUUGGAGGAGGACGGGGAGCUGCGGCUGACGAGGAGCAGCAGCAGCAGCGGCUCGCAGCAGCUGCCUGCUGCUGCGCUGGCCGCGCUGCUGUCGCCCUCGGCCGUGGGCCUCGACAGAGAAGACGCAGCAGCAGAAAGAGGCAGGGAGUCGGGGGCCCCCGGGGGAGAGGAUCUGCUGCUGCGGACGAGCAGCAGCGGGAGCAGCAGCAGCAGGCAGCCGCCGAGCGAGUCGCAGGCGAGCGCGGCGCAUGCGGCAGCAGCAGCAGCGGAGCCGCUGCUGUGCAGCAGCUGCAGCAGCAGCAGCGGCUGCUGCAAGUCGGGGAAGGGCGGCUCUGGAGGGGCCCCCGCGUGCAGCCUGGGGGUAUCGGGGGCCGCUCCCGGGGCGGGCUCGGGGGCGGGGCUCACCGGAGGCCCCCCCGGGGGGCCCCCGGGGGGGCCCCCCGGCGCGUGGGGGCCCCCCAUUUGGCUGUCCGUGAUGAACGGACGCCCUGGAGGCUGCUGGGGGCCCUCGCCCGUGCGGCGAAGUGCAGCAGGGGCCUCCACUCCGUCCCCCCCGCUGCGGCUUGCUUCCUUCAAAGCUGUAGACAUUGUUUUGUCUCCUCCUUAUUUGCUGAAGUCGAGAAGUGGAGAAGAGGGGCCCCUGCUGGCGCCGCUGACGCCCCCGCAGACCCAAGAGGGGCCCCUGGUGUGCAGCUCGUGGACUCCGUCGCUGGGGCUGCCUUCGCCGCUGCAGCAGAUUUCGGACGAAGUGCUGCUGCCGCUGAGCAGCCGCAGCAGCAGCAGCUGGGAGAAGGGCUGCGCCUCCCUCGCUGCUGCUGCUGCUGCUGCGGCCGGCGACCUCGACCCCACACAGCAGCACGACGUGUGCGCAGCGCCAGCUGCAGCAGCGGGACCCGCAGGUGCGCAGGCUGCCGACGCUGCCGCCGCUGCUGCUGCUGCUGCUGCUGCAGCAGAAACCGACGGGGCCAACACCAUCCUCAGCAGAAUCCGGCGCCACUUGCUGCCGCUCGAGGCAGAGCCGUGA